AUGAAGUUUCUUUGUUUACCAGGAGGUUACUCCAACUCCAAGGCACUACAAACACAGCUGGGUCCAUUCUGCGAUGCCCUCAGAUCAAAUGGAGAAGCCAACUUCUUCUUCACUCAGGGGACAUCCCCAGUCUACCCUCCUCCUGAAUUUCAAGGGUUUUUUGGACCACCACCCAAUUUUACUUUUACCACCGUCGACUUUCCGGAGUUGGUGAAGUUCAAUAUGCGCGAUUUCCCAAGGCGCGAAUCGCCAGAAGCUACUAUGAAAUACGCGGUUGAAAAAGCGGGAAACCCGAGUUUCUCGAUGAUCAAGGAAGCUAUGAGCCGUUUAAUUGAAAUGAUCGACUGCGAUGAGGAGAUUGGAGGCGUCAUCGGCUACUCUGAAGGUGCUGAAAUCGCGGCAUCCCUCAUUCUAGAGGAGGAACGCUUGAGCAAAGAAUCUGGGCGCAUUCCUCGGAUUAAAUGCGCGAUUUUCAUGUGCGGUUGGCCUCCCAAGGACCCUGUCACUGGAAAUAUUGUUCUGGCGGAUGACUACGAUAGGGAGGUGAUUAAGAUUCCUACUUGUCAUGUUGUGGGUGCUAUGGAUCCGUUCCUUGACGGGUCAAUGGCGCUGUAUAACCUUUGUGACCCUGAUACCGCUGAUCUAUUUGACCAUGGAGGUGGCCAUGUUAUUCCUCGGAGCAAGGAGACUCUAACCGAUCUCACUGAAGUCAUCCGGGACAUGAUCCGCUCCGUGGCAUAG